AUGUCGGAAUUGUUGGCGGAUGAGGUUUUUAAGGACCGUCACGAUUCCGACGAUGCGAAUGCAACAUUGUAUCAUGAAGCGAUUCUUAGAAUGCUUAAUAUGGGGCAAAGACGCUUGAUUGUUAACAUCGAUGAACUUCGCGAUUAUAAUAAGGAGUUAGCAGACGGAAUUCUCUACCAGCCCAUGGAAUUUGCCGAACCCUUUAAUGAAGCUCUUCAGGGAGUGAUUAGUACACUGAUCGAUCCUAUCGUCCAUAAGGAUUUAAAGGAUAAACCCUUUUAUAUUGGAUUUCGUGGCUCUUUUGGUGAUUUACAUGUAACACCUCGUACUUUAAGGGCUUUGCAUUUGAACAAAAUGAUUUCUCUCGAAGGAAUUGUGACAAGAUGUUCGUUUGUUCGUCCCAAAGUUAUUAAGUCUAUACAUUACUGUGAAGCUACUAAGCGUCAUCAUUUCAAACAGUAUGCUGAUUCUACAAUGAACGGUGGUCUUUCGUUUCAGUCUACUGUUUAUCCAACGCAGGAUGAAAAUGGUAAUCCUCUUUCUAUUGAAUUCGGCUAUAGCACUUUUCGAGAUCAUCAAACAAUUUCCCUUCAAGAAAUGCCGGAACGCGCACCUCCGGGUCAAUUACCUCGAUCCAUUGAUAUUUUACUCGAUGAUGAUUUGGUAGAUACAGUAAAGCCAGGUGAUCGAGUACAUAUUGUUGGGCAAUACCGUUCUAUGGGAUCCAAAAACUCUGGAAGUACAAGUGCCACGUUUCGUACCGUUUUGCUCGCAAAUAACGUUGUACUCCUGACGAAUAAGCCAGGUAGUGGGAACGUUGGUGGAGGGGCUUUGACAAUUACCGACGCGGAUAUUCGUAAUAUCAAUAAGUUAGCUAGGAAAAAAAAUGCUUUUGAGCUUCUUUCCACCAGUUUGGCUCCUAGCAUUUACGGAUUUGAGCACAUUAAACAGGCAAUUUUGCUUUUACUUUUGGGUGGUACAGAGAAAAAUCUUUCCAAUGGUACACAUAUUCGUGGUGAUAUCAACAUUUUAAUGGUGGGUGAUCCCUCAACGGCCAAAUCUCAAUUACUUCGCUUUGUAUUAAAUACAGCUCCUUUAGCUAUCGCAACCACCGGACGUGGUUCAUCAGGUGUUGGUCUUACAGCUGCUGUAACUUCUGACAAGGAAACCGGUGAACGCCGUUUAGAAGCCGGUGCAAUGGUUUUAGCUGAUCGAGGAGUUGUUUGUAUUGAUGAAUUCGAUAAGAUGAGUGACAUUGAUCGUGUCGCUAUUCAUGAAGUAAUGGAGCAACAGACAGUUACCAUUGCUAAAGCCGGUAUCCAUACCUCUUUGAACGCAAGAUGCAGUGUUGUGGCAGCAGCGAAUCCAAUUUAUGGCCAAUAUGAUAUUCGAAAAGAUCCUACCAAGAAUAUAGCUCUUCCGGAUUCCAUGCUUUCUCGUUUCGACUUAUUAUUUAUUGUUACAGAUGAUAUUGAUGACAAGAAGGACCGUGCUUUAAGUGAACAUGUUUUAAGAAUGCAUCGCUAUUUACCGCCGGGUUUGGAACCUGGCACUCCUGUUAGAGACUCAUUAAACUCAGUCUUAAAUGUUGGUGCGACAAAUGCUGCAGGGGUUUCUGCCGGAAAUGGAGAGCAAGAAUCGGAAACACCGGUUUGGGAAACAUUUUCAAGUUUGCUACAUGCUAACGCUCGAACAAAGCGAAAGGAGUUAUUAAAUAUAAAUUUUGUUCGUAAAUAUAUCCAAUACGCCAAAUCUCGAAUAAACCCAGUGCUUAACCAAGCUACUGCAGAGUACAUCACUAAUAUAUAUUGUGGCCUACGAAACGAUGACUUGCAAGGUAAUCAACGCCGUACUAGUCCUCUUACGGCUCGUACGUUGGAAACGUUGAUUCGUUUGAGUACUGCGCAUGCGAAAGCACGAUUAAGCAAUGCAGUUGAAGUACGAGAUGCCAAGGCUGCUGAAAAGAUCCUUCGUUAUGCUUUGUUCAGAGAAGUUGUUAAGCCAAAAUCAAAUCGCCGUAAAAAGCAACGCAAAGAAGGAGAAGGUGAAGCAGAGGAAAGUUCCGAAGAGGAAGACAUGGACUCAGAGGAAAUAGGGGCUGAUGAUGACUUGAACGAUGAUCCCACAUUCCAAGCUACCAAACCGAAUGCGUCUGGUUCAAACCGACAGACGCGUUCUCAAGUACAAAACGAACAAAGUCAAGAAAGCCAAAUGGAUAUUGAUGAUGCUGCUUCCACAACAAAUCAAUCUAUAGCAGCCACGGCAACCAGUGAUGGCAGUCAAUUACAUAUAGGAAAUGCAUCCAAUACUCAGUUAUCAUGGCCUUCUAGCCAUUCGACCUUUCCGACAACUGCUAGAGAGACAAUGGCAGCAAGUACACGUAGUGGCAAUGCAGAUACAAGUGCGGCUUCAGAGAGUAAUACUUCCUCUUCUCAGGGUGUUGCUUUAUCGAGGGAAAAGAUGACAAAUUUUAUGUCUCGCUUGUCGGAGUUGACCAAGACAGAUGUGUUUUCGGAAGAAUGUGCGUCUCUGGAGAAUGUUCUAAGCGCGAUAAAUUCAGGAGUUGAAGAUCACGCUUCCUUUACAAGAGAAGAGGCAAUCUCUGCCUUGAAAGAGAUGGACGCCCAAAACAAAAUCAUGUUUUCCGAAAAUAUGAUCUACCGUAUUUAA